AUGCUGCCGGCCGAGCGGUGGAUUCGAGCGGCAACACUGCUCUCGGCGCUGCUAUGCGCGCUGCUCCCUUCGCCAGGCUUCUUCUCGGCUCCGGGACAGGUUCCGCGGCUCUCGACCAAAGCAGGCUUCCAACUCUCCAGGCUCGGAGUGGGAACCUGGCAGUGGGGAAACAAGCUGCUCUGGGGCUACGACGAGAAGGAGGACUCCAACCUGCGUGAGGUGUUUCGGACCUUCACGGCCGGAGGGUCCAACUGGUUUGACACAGGCGAUAGCUACGGAACCGGCGAGCUGGAGGGCCGGGCAGAGAUCCUGCUUGGACGCUUCAGCCGCGAAGCUUCCGAUUCAGGUGCUUCGGUAAAGCUGGCGACGAAGCUGGCAGCUUACCCCUGGAGGCUGACGCCAGAUUCGAUGGUCGAAGCAGUGAAGGCGAGCAAUGCACGCUUGGGCAGAGCAGUUGACAUUGCUCAGAUGCACUGGAGUCCGCGCAGCUAUGGCUUCGGAUUUCAGGAGGAUGCACUGCUGGAAGGCCUUUGCCGCUGCUAUGAAGCCGGGCUUUGCAGCGCGGUUGGGCUGUCGAACUUUGGGCCCAAAGGCCUCCGUCGUGCGGCCGCCAUCUUUGACACGCGGGGCGUGCCACUAGUCCUCAAUCAAGUCCAGUAUUCGCUCCUGUCAGCAGAGCGCGAGUCUGGAGUCGCCGAAGUUUGCAAGGAGCUGGGCAUCCGAUUGGUGGCAUACAGCCCGCUGUGCCUGGGAGUGCUCGCUGGAAAGUAUAAGACAGGUCCGGAUGCCCAGUUGCUAGAUAAUUUUCUCCGCUCAUUACUUUUCUCUUCACUCCUUGGAGAUGCAGGCACAACAAAGCUCUUGGGCCUGUUGGGAGAAAUCGCGGACACCCGGGGCAAGAGCAUGGCUCAGGUGGCUUUAAACUUCGCCAUGACAGAAGGAGGUGGCUGCCAGGAAGAGGUCGCGACUUGGGCCGGGCGCGCUGCCCUGCGUGCAGCCACCUGGGCCGGAGCAGCGGAUGAAGAGCUGCUCUCGGACUUAUCUUCCAAGGCUGCUGGCCAGGCGGCCGCCAACUUCAUUGUGGACGAGGGGAGGACCCCCGGAGUGGCGCCAAGCGCGGCUGGCCAAGCAGCCUGCAAGGCUUGCGAAGCAUCAGGCGCGAUGACUCGAUUUUGCAAGCAGUGA